UAUAAUGGCUGUUCUGGUUUGCAGUCCCACAUCCUCCCCAGCACUUGCCCUUUGUUGAUUUGUUGAUGGCAGCCAUUUUGACAGGGGUGAGGUGAUACCUAAUUGUUGCUUUAAUUGGCAUCUCUCUGGUGAUGAGUCACUUUGAGCAUUUUUUUCACAUGUCUCUUGGCCAUCUUAUCCACACUGCACAGGGCUGACACUUGGGAUGGCAUCAGAAGAAGAUGCUCUUACAGAUGAGAGUCUGUUUCAGUGACAUUACCAUUGUAUAAUGGUUACAAUGGAGGCAGGUUAGAUGGAGUUAGAGAAUUGAAUAACCUCCCCCAGCUACAUUUGGCUUGAGGGAGAAACAUACCUAAUGUCCUGAGUGAAGAAACAAUGCCUGCAUUCAGGAAGAGCAGGUCCUGAAGAAAGAUAUGCAAAACCUGCCAGGCAGGUGCAGGAGAAACAAACUUGCCUCAGAAACACCUCCCUUGAAGGCACUGGAGGGCCUGGGAAUACUUGGUGUGUCCUUGGGCUGUUUGCCCUCAAAACCAAUCCUGGAGUCAGCUCUGAGGAAAUGCAGAAUUCCGGACUUGGAGCCUAGGAACUACAUUACCCAGAAGGCCUUGUGUAGCAUACCACCAGGCUGAGCCAAUGGAAGCUAAGAAAAGGCCGCUUCCUUUGUCCACGUCAGGGGGCAGGUUUUGGUCUUCUGUCAGGUCUAGUCGCUGGGUCCCUUGGAGGAGGCAGAAGAGUGGUGUCCCCGCCUCACAGCCCAUGGGGGGCGCCUCCGGGGCGCUCACGGCUCACACUCGGGGUUGAAGCUCCCAGUCGCUCCAUGGGCCGCGCCAGGCAUCGGACAGGCCCCGCCGUUCCCUGGGCGACGCUGUCCCCGCCGCCCCCGCCCCGCGCGGCCCACAGAGCUCGAUGGCCGCGCCCGAGCUGAGGGGCUUCGCUGAGGUUGGUGUGACCUUUGAGGACAUUGCCCUGUACUUCUCCAGGGAGGAAUGGAGCCUCCUGAAUGAGGGUCAGAGACAGCUGUACCUGAAUGUGAUGCUGGAGAACUUUGAACUUGUAUCCUCGCUGGGUUGCUGCUGUGGAGCAAAGAAUGUGGAGGAAGCAACAGAACAGAAGGUUUCUGUAAGAGUGUCACAGGCCAGGAAUCCCACAGUAGCCUUGUCUUCCCAGAAGAGCCACCCCUGUGGGAGAUGUGGAAUCGUCUUGGGAAACAUUUUUCAUAUGAUAGAGCUGCAGGGAGCACAACACGGACAGAUACUGUUGAGAUGCGGGUCAUGUGCAAAACGGUUUUACUUCUGUGUAAAAUUUCACCAGCAGCCCGUGAGAGAGAACACUUCCAUUAGAGGUGUAGACAGGAUCUCACUUGCAAACAGCUGCAAUUUCAAUGUGCCCCCAAAUAAUUUCUCCUACAGGGAGGUUCAGCAGGGUGUUCUUACUGGGUCAGGUCAUCUCUACCUAAAGGCUACUCAGACCAGGGACAGUCCAAAUGCUAUUCCAGUGUGUGUGAUGACGUUUCAAAGGGGAAAAAAUGAUUUCACCAUGAAAGAAUGUAAGAAAGACAUUAGUUACACCCACACAUUUAUUCAGGAAACGGGUGUCCAUGCAGGAAGUUGGUGUUUUGCGUCCUCUGAAUGUGGAAAAUAUUUUACCAAAUUUUCUUGCUUUCAUGAUCAACAGCGAAGCCACACUGGAGAAAGGCCUGAUCAGUGCAAUGAAUAUGAGAAAGCUUUUAGCAGUAGUAAUAGCCAAGGUGAUCAUGAAUCUUUGCCCACUGGAGAAAGGCCUUAUGAAUGCAGUGAAUGUGGGAAAUCUUUUAAAACUAUCUCUCACCUUCAUAAACAUCAGAGAGUUCAUACAGGAGAAAAGCCUUAUCAAUGCAGUGAAUGUGGGAAAUUUUUUACCACUAACAACCAUCUUCGUAUUCAUGAGAGAGUUCACACUGGAGAAAAGCCUUACAAAUGCAGUGAAUGUGGGAAAUCUUUUACCACUAACACCAACCUUCGUAUUCAUCAGAGAGUUCACUCUGGAGAAAAGCCUUACAAAUGCAGCGAAUGUGUGAAAUCUUUUACCUGGAGCACUGCCCUUCGUCGUCAUCAAAGAAUUCACACUGGAGAAAAGCCUUAUGAAUGCAGUGUAUGCGGGAAAACUUUUACACAAUCCAGUGGUCUUCAAUAUCAUCGGGGAGUUCACACUGGGGAAAAGCCUUAUAUAUGCAGUGAAUGUGGUAAAUCUUUUCGCACUACGAUGCACCUUCGUACUCAUCAGAUAGUUCAUACAGGAGAAAAGGCUUAUAAAUGUAGUGAUUGUGGAAAAUCUUUUACAAGGAGCAAUGUUCUCCAAUAUCAUCAGAGAGUUCACACUGGAGAAAAGCCUUAUAAAUGCAGUGAAUGUGAGAAAUCUUUUAUCACUAACACCCACCUUCGUAGUCAUCAGAGAGUUCAUACAGGAGAAAAGCCUUAUAAAUGCAGUGAAUGUGAGAAAUCUUUUUCAAGUAGCACUGGUCUCCAAUAUCAUCAGAGAGUUCACAGAGGAGAAAAGCCUUAUCAAUGCAGUGAAUGUGGUAAGUCUUUUACAUUUAGUACUGGUCUCCAGUAUCAUCAGAAAGUUCACACAGGAGAAAAGCCUUAUGACUGCAGUGAAUGUGGUAAGUCUUUUACGUGUACUAAUAGUCUCCAGUAUCAUCAGAGAGUUCACACAGGACAAAAGCCUUAUCACUGCAGUGAAUGUGGGAAAUAUUUUACCAGUAGCAGUAACCUUCAUUGUCAUCAGAGAAUUCACACUGGAGAAAAGCCUUAUAAAUGCAGUGUCUGUGGGAAAUCUUUUUCCAGUAGCACUUCACUUCAUUGUCAUCAGAAAAUUCACACUGGAGAAAAGCCUUAUAAAUGCGGUGAAUGUGGGAAAUAUUUUAUCUGGAGCACUGACCUUCUUCGUCAUCAGAAAGUACAUACUGGAGAAAAGCCUUAUAAAUGCAGUGAAUGUGGGAAAUUUCUCAAAAGUAGCAAUGGUCUGCAGUAUCAUCAGAGAGUUCACAAAGGAGAAAAGCCCUAUAAAUGCAGUGAAUGUGGGAAAUCUUUUACAAGUAGCACUGGUCUCCAAUAUCAUGAGAGAGCGCACACAGGAGAAAAGCCUUAUAUAUGCACUGAAUGUGGUAAGUCUUUUACAAGGAGUACUAGUCUCCAAUAUCAUCAGAGUUCACACAGGAGAAAAGCCUUUUGAAUGCAGUGAAUGUGGAAAAACUUUCCCAUGUACCAGUGGUUUCCCUUAUCAUCAGAGUUCACAUAGGAGAAAAGCCUUUAAAUGCAACGAAUGUGGGAAAUCUUUUGCCAGUAGCAAUGACCUUCAUUUGUCAUCAGAGAAUUCACACUGGAAAA